GUUAGAUACAAUGCGACACCUUUGGGGGUCUGGUCGCUAUAGUAAAGUAAAAAUUUUUAUGCCUUUCUGGACUGUAGCUUUUUAACCACAGGUCCUCAUCGUGCCCUAGUGAGACACGCAAGCGCGCGAAUGAGCGAACAAACCAUUAACUAGGAAAACAACAAAAGAAACAUAACCGAACAAAUGCGCACGGGUAAACAUGCCUAACUAUAGAAGCAUGUUUAAACAUUGAUUUCCUAUAUACUUUGACUACAAAUCUGUCCACCGCACUUAUAUCUUAUUCGUCUUCUUCGCUGUGCCCUACACAUUAGCCCAUCGGUAGCGCGCGAUAAACAAAUCGGUAAAGGUGCGGGGCUGUCCACGAAGAGUUGGUUCAUGUGCCUGGCUGGCACAUUACCGGCGCGCAUCCAACUCCCCGCGCAGCCUCUACGGCGUGCCCGUCCCCGACGCGGCGACCGCCGACAGGCACCUAAAGACCGAACGAGAGGUGCUGACGGCGCUGGCGACCGUCGCGAACGAGACCGGCCGCGAGGCCGUCGACACCACGGUCGGCCGUCUCGAGUCGCUCUUCAGCCACUUGGGCGACAUCCCGCUCGUCCAGUUCCUCGUGUCCUUCUUCAACACCUCGGGGAUCCACAAGCGCAGCCGCGUCUACGUCGAGAGCCGCCGGUUCGUCGUCGCCCUGGACGAGCUGCUGGGCAACUUCGGCAAGGACCGGCUCAUGGAGCACAUCGCCUGGUGGUUCGCCCAGCUGUGCGCCGUGAUGGCCUCGAGCAAGGCUCGCCUGCUGAUCGGAGGGAACGAGGUGGAAUCGGAAACCUUAAAGAAGGCGCACUGCUUCGACAUGGCCGUGGCCUGGUUCGGGCCCACACUGUACGGCAGCGUCGCGUACGUCACCGCGGCCGACGAAAGGCGCGCCGUGGACGACUUCCUGCGGGCUCUGCUCGGAGACGUCCACCGGGCCGUCACGGCGAUCUCGUGGACCGACGAGACGACGCGGCGCGCCAUGGUCCGCAGGCUGCGCGAGAUGAGCGUGGUGACCUCGCAGGAGCCGGAGGAGGCGAGCCGCGCCGCACUGUCCGAAGUCUGGUCGAAUUCCACUAAGGAAUUCAUCGACAUCCUGACCGCCCCGACGACGAAGCGAAUCUCCGAGGGCGGCGAGGCGUGGCGCUUUUACGAGGGCGAGGGCCGGCUGGUGAAUCCGUACCGCGGACUGCUGUACCGCUACCUGAGCAACACGCUGACCGUGACGCACGCCGCGACCGCCAGUCCGCUCUUCUACGCCGACUACAGCGGCGGCGGCGUCUUGCGCGCGGCCAGUUUCGGAGGCCUGGCCACCGCCUUCCUGGAAGCCGCGCUCAGAAUGUUCGACAGACGAGGCAUUCGAAUAGACGAAGGCGAGGCCAGGGCCUGGAUGAGUCCGCGUGCCGAGAGACAGCUGUACCGCAGGUUUCACUGCAGCAGCGACAUCGGCGAAAACAUGCUGCAGGUGGCCAGCCUUCGUGUCGCCUGGGAGGCCUACAAGAACGCCUCGUCGGGCGGCGAUUCGUCGUCGGUCCAGGCUCUGGACAUCCUCGACUCGCACGGCAACGCCCAGCGCUACACGUCGGACCAGCUCUUCUUUCUGACCUACUGCCGCCGCUUCUGCAGCACUGGCACCGGCUGCUACUCGGCCGUGCGCAGCCUGCCCGACUUCGGCUCCGUCUUCGGCUGCGCCAAGGGGCGCCCGGAAGAAGACGAUCUAAGCCAGUGCCGUUUCUUCACUUAGCGUUGACUUCACCGCCUACCGAUUCCUGCUUUGCACAUAUCCAUAUAUGCUGCUACUGCAGCCUUCGCUUCUCGGUACUUUGCAUUUGUGCACUCUUUUUCGAAAUGUGUUUUAGUUUCGCAAAACUUACCGAUUUUACUGUUAUAUUUCUCGAUUAUGUUUGGGGCUAAUAGAUAAUACCUUAUGCAUGUACGCCUCGACUUCGCUUCACGCUUUCUUUUAUUGCAAGUCACAAUUCGAGGGGUCAGUUCUGAUGAUGCUAGAAUGCAACUCUGCGCCCAUCUUCACCUCGAUCGUCCGUGACCUAAGUGCAACACUGAGAGCGAAUGUGAUGUGCACGCCGUGAAGCGUAAGAGGAGAAAAAUGCAGACCUUGUUUCAAUGACAUGUUUUUUUUUCAUAUUUUCAUAGAACUUAUACCCGCGUGUGAUAUCGACUUUCUCACAUUUGUGUCCCCUAUCAAAUGUAUACUAAUUACAGACGUGGACACAUCAGAAUGAUUCGCAAUUUUACUUUCUAUUCGAACUUGAACGUGUCGUCUGCAGCUCUGUCGCUUAUUAUGGGAAAUAAAGACGUUGAUACAACGUACUCAUAAGUGAUAAAAUGUGUUUUUGUUCAUUCUUCUUUGUCUCUUUUUUUGCGGAGAUUGUGAUUCGGCUGCGUCACAUGUCCGGUUGCGUCACAUAAGUUACACUAACGGACCCGUUCAUCGGUUAUAGUUAUCGCAGCAUAUCUUCACGUUGCACUGGUAGCACUGCUCCAAGGGAACGGGCCGUACGUUACUAUAUCUUCUACCUAUAAGAACAACUACUCUGGGCAUUCGGCAUCCACUACUGCGAUUCAGAGUACACCAAGCUGAAAUACUGCACAAGCCCUGCGCAUUAUCCAGA